UUUUUGACCUCUCCCACUCCGCACUUGGCAGCACCGCCCCCGUUCCACUUACACAACUUUGUCGUGAGGACGCUAACGGGCUGUCAUGCUGUGCAGGGCUGCGCUUCGGAGCCUUCUGGCGGCAGGGAGCUGUAGGAAAGGCAGUGGCGUCCGGGCCUGUCAUGGGGAGCGGAAAGAGAGGCGCGAAAAGGAGCCGGAAGAAUCAGAGCUUAGGCCCUUGUAUAUGGACGUUCAGGCUACAACUUCACUGGAUCCCAGAGUCUUGGACCGCAUGCUGCCUUACUUGGUGAACUAUUAUGGAAAUCCUCAUUCGAGGACCCAUGCGUACGGCUGGGAGAGUGAAAAGGCAGUAGAGAAAGCUCGCCAGCAAGUUGCCUCCCUGAUCGGAGCUGAUCCCAGAGAAAUCAUUUUUACGAGUGGUGCCACCGAAUCCAACAAUAUUGCUUUAAAGGGUGUUGCCAGAUUCUACAAGUCCCGUAAGAAGCACAUCAUCACUACACAGAUAGAGCAUAAAUGUGUUCUGGACUCAUGCCGGUCCCUAGAGGGAGAAGGAUUCCAAGUCACUUACCUUCCUGUCAAGAAAAAUGGACUGGUGGACUUAAAGGUUUUGGAAGAUGCUAUCCGACCUGACACAAGCAUGGUGUCGGUCAUGGCUGUGAACAAUGAGAUAGGUGUGAGGCAGCACAUACAUGAAAUAGGACAGAUAUGCAGCUCACGGAAGAUCUUUUUUCACACCGAUGCUGCACAGGCUGUGGGCAAAAUCCCAGUGAACGUGAAUGAAAUGAAGAUUGAUCUGAUGAGUAUCAGUGGGCAUAAAGUCUACGGCCCAAAAGGCGUUGGAGCGAUUUAUGUCCGCCGGCGGCCCAGGGUGAGACUGGAAGCCCUGCUCAGCGGAGGAGGACAAGAAAGGGGCCUGAGAUCUGGGACUGUGCCGACCCCGCUCGUCGUUGGCUUUGGUGCCGCUUGUGAAGUGGCUCAGGAGGAGCUGGAGUAUGAUCACAGGAGGAUUAGCUACCUUGCUGAAAGACUAACCAAGAAUCUAAUGAGCCAAGUGCCUGAUGUUGUUUUAAAUGGAGACCCAGAGCAUCGUUAUCCAGGCUGCAUAAAUCUUUCUUUUGCGUACGUAGAAGGGGAGAGUCUGUUGAUGGCUCUGAAAGAUGUGGCGCUUUCCUCCGGAAGCGCUUGUACAUCUGCCUCGCUGGAACCUUCCUACGUAUUGAGAGCUAUCGGAGCCGACGAGGAUUUGGCUCAUUCCUCUAUCAGGUUCGGCAUUGGACGUUUCACUACAGAAGAGGAAAUUGAUUAUACUGUCAAUAAAUGCAUCCAGGAGGUGAAGAGGCUUCGAGAGAUGAGCCCGCUCUGGGAAAUGGUUCAGGACGGCAUUGACUUGAAAGACAUUAAAUGGACCCAGCACUGAUCAACAAGCACUACAAAUCAGGACUGGCUGCGCGUGCACGAACCGUCUACAGCUCGGUCCCUUGGCGCCUGUUACAUAAUAUUACCAGACCUUCUCUUAGCUGGAGGGUUUGGGAUUUCCGUGUUACUCUUGCUUCGCCCUCCUAGUCUGAUAUAUUAUUUGGCGUUCAGUAGGCGUUUAACUGGAAAAUAUUGCGUGUUUCUUUCACCGCGUGCUCCGGAAUAAGCUCGGGCGAGGCGUUUGGCUGGUGGAUGUACCGUUCUCUUGGUGAUGAACCAAGACUCUCGGUAUUCUCAGCCUUCCAUUUGAUAAGAAUGACCUGAAAUGAAUAUUAGAUAAAAAGGGAGCUGCGGGUGAAUUUUUCUUUUAGUUUUCUGAAACUGGGCAUAAGAAAUUUAUAUAAAUAGACUUUUGGCCUUUUGGAUGCAAAGCAGAUAGAAGAAGAAUUAAAACA